CUGCUUAGUGAAGGAACCAAGUAUGGCUGCGGCCACUACGUGAUCACGAAGAAGCUCCGCAAGCUCGACUGCAACAACCGCUACUGCAUCUGGUCCUCGCUCCACCCUCCCACCUGCCACCCCUGCCUGUGCGAAAAGUUCCUCGGCCCCGAUGCCAAAGAAACCGUCACCCUUCGGAGCGAACAGUACUGCUCCGAAUGCCACUACUGGUACAGAGGCGCUGGCCGCCGCCGCUAG